GUCAUGGCAAAAAAAUUAAAUAAUAAACAAAUAUGGCGGGUGAUCCAGAUGAUUUGGAGCAAAAUAUUGAAAAUUUAAAAACAUCGGUAAGAAAAUCGUUUGCGCGUAUUUACGCGAGUUUGAAGGCGAGGGAAUUGAAAACAUUAAGACAACUCGAUGCUUUACGCAAACAAUGCCAAGACAACAAAGAAUUGGAAAGAAAUUGUGUUCAGAACAUUAAUAUAAGCUACAGCAACGAGUCCACGUUGUUAGAUAUCGUAAGUAACUAUGGUGUAAUCGAUUUCGAGAGACUUAGUUUUGAUAACACCACUUUUAUAUUAGAAGAUUAUAUCAGUCCAAACGAUGAUCAUAUGUAUUCGUAUAAGACCAUUGAAGAUAUUACUGAAAAAGAAGAUAUAGAAGCUAUUGAAGAGGCUGCUCUAAAGCAAAUAACUGAAACUGAUGAUUGCGUAUGUAUUGUCAACGUUCAAUCGGACGAAGUGUCUAGAAAGUUUCGGGAAUUUGAUACUAAUAUAAACGUAAGUGCACCUAGAACUAAUAUUGAUAAUGAGGUUGAUGAAUGCAAGGAUAUUGAGACUGUAGAAAAUAAAUUAGAAAGUAUGACUGAUGAAGAAAACCUUGACAGUUCUGAUCCGGAAGUGAGAAAAAUACAGCCUACCGAUGACUGGUUAAAUUCUAUAAAGAACCAAACUGAAACCGAGCCAACACAAGUGACUGACGUAAUGGAACACAGUACUAUCACUUGCUCUUAACAGAGUAAGCAAAUCCUAGCUAUAAUUUACUUAAAAUGCAUUUAAUAAAGAUUUUCUAUUUUAUCUAAUA